UACUACUAGUAUUAUUACUAUAGAUCUUCUCCUUGAACGAAUCCGAUUAUUAUCACAAUCAAAACCUCAAAACCCUAGCCUCUCUCUCCUCUCCCCUCUAUCUCGACUUAAAAAAUUGGGGCUUCUCUCAAAGAGAUAGAUAGAUACUUGUGCGGGUGCAUGUUUGCGUAGGUUGGAACUGUAAGAAAUAGAGAGAUUGGGAUUAGAUCAUGGCAGCAGGUGAGAACAGUAUCAAUACGGCGUCGACUUCAAGAUCGAAUUCGACAGCGGAUUCGUAUAUCGGAAGCUUGAUUAGCUUGACAUCAAAGAGUGAGAUCAGAUACGAGGGUAUUCUUUAUAAUAUCAACACUGAAGAGUCCAGUAUUGGAUUGAAAAACGUGCGGUCGUUUGGAACAGAAGGGCGGAAAAAGGAUGGUCCACAAAUCCUUCCUAGUGAUAAAGUUUAUGAAUACAUAUUGUUCCGUGGAAGUGACAUCAAGGACUUGCAGGUUAAGUCUUCUCCACCAGUCCAGUCUUUUCCACCUAUAAACAAUGACCCAGCAAUCAUACAGUCUCAUUAUCCUCGUCCAGUUGCCACCUCCACCAGCUUGCCUUCUGCUGUCAGUGGGUCGUUGACUGACCUUGGAUCCAACAAUGGACCAGGGGGGCUACCUGGGUCAAAUUUCCAAGGUGGGCUGCCUUUAUAUCAACCUGGAGGGAGCUUAGGAGCAUGGGGAGUUUCACCUCCCCCCCCAAAUGCAAAUGGUAGUGGCCUUGCAAUGCCAAUGUAUUGGCAAAGCUACUAUGGCCCCCCUAAUGGGAUUCCACAUUUACACCAAUCUUUGCUUCGACCGCCACCUGGACUUGCAAUGCCUCCUUCCAUGCAGCAACCCAUGCAAUACCCCAAUUUCAAUACUUCUUUGCCCACUGGUGCCUUAAAUUUAGCCAGUUCAACCUUGCCCCCUUUGAACCUGCCGGCUUCAAACUUGCCCCCAUCAAACCUGCCGGUGUCAACCUUGCCAGCUUCCUUGCCAGAUAUCCCGCUUCCUCUACUUCCUGGCAUCACUAGUUCCCUUAAUUUAACUUCCCAUUCCUCAGUGCCAUCAACUUUGCCUUCAACUGUACCCUUAAUACCCGCUGCUUCUCUGCCUUCUGAAACAUUACCAAGUCUGAUACCUAAUAAGGUUCCUAUUUCUGCACUUCCUACGACCAAUUUAGGUGCUACUUUUCCAGUGCUAUCUCCUGUGUCAACUUCCAGCUCAGAUUUAAACACCAUUGUACCACCAAUCUCCAACAAACCUAGUUCAAUUUCUGGCCCAACAAUGCCUUAUCAAAGCGUGACACAAUCUGCAUCCUCUGCUGUUUUAGCAUCCAAUUCUCUUCGCACAGAAACACCAACUCCAACUCCUUUGGUAACCCCUGACCAGUUAUUGCAAUCAGGACCAACGAUAGUUCCUUCUCCUCAGCCUGUGCAAACAGCCCAUAAAGAUGUUGAGGUUGUUAAAGCAGCAGCAGCAGCAGCACCAUCACCAUCACCAGAACCAGAACCAGAACCAUCAGUGCCAGUUGCCACACAAGCUCAGCCACCCAUACUCCCAUUGCCAGUUCCUUCACGGGCUAGCCAUAAGCCAAAUGGAGCUACUUUUCAUGCUCGCCAUGGUUACCGCGGACGUGAAAGAGGAAGAGGAUCUGGGAGCUCACGACCGGUGACAAAAUUCACUGAGGAUUUUGAUUUUAUGGCAAUGAAUGAGAAGUUCAAGAAGGAUGAAGUUUGGGGUCAUCUUGGCAAGAACAACAAAUCUCAUUCGAAGGAUGGAGAAGAUGGAAAUGCCAGUGGUGAAGAUGAUUCUCAAGAUGAAGAUGAAAAUGAACUAGCUAAGAUUGAGGUUAAGCCUGUUUAUAACAAGGAUGACUUUUUUGAUACCAUCUCAUGUAAUGCGCUUGGUAAUGACUCACAAAAUGGAAGGACUAGAUUCUCAGAGCAAAUGAAAUUAGACACAGAGACCUUUGGGGACUUUACAAGGUACCGGGGCGGACGAGGUGGUCGUGGUCCUCCACGUGGUGGUCGUUCUCGUGGAUCUUAUUAUGGAAGGGGGUAUGGAUAUGGUUAUGUUGGGAGGGGCCGGGGCCGGGGCGCGCCUAAUCGUGUUUCUUAGGUAGUAUUUGGGUAUUCUGAAGUGUUAUAGUGAGGUAAACAUGGAGCCUCAUGCUCAUGAAGCAACAAACUAAUUGAGGGCUGUGCAUGUUUGUUGUUUUUCUUUUUUGGUUGUCUAGAUAAUAAAAGGAUAGGAUGCGUCAUCAUUGGAGUUCCCUUUGCCUAACAGUCCUUUUAGUGAAGAUAAUGAAGCAGCAGUGUAUUAAUUUAAAGAUAUCAUGUGUAUCUUUUGGGGAUUUGUUCCGCUUGUUUGUUUUGCAUUUGCGUUAUUAGUGGUCCUCCAAUGGAGUUAAUUGA